AUGCGUGCCGAUGGCACCCGUACAAACUCCAAUGCAGAGCAAGUGGAGGAGCUCCUGACUACUUCCUUCCCGCCACUGCCGCAGCACAUCGAAGAGGAAGACGAGCGCCCACUGCGGGCGGCUGUGCCUAAGACGGACCUGACUUUGGAGGAGGCGCCGGGUAAAGACGGUCUACCAAUGGUGGUUUGGCAGCAGAUCUGGCCCGUGGUCCAGCACUAUGUGCUGGCGUUGUUCCAGGCAUCUCUCGACGAAGGGUUAUUGCCGCAUCGGUGGCGACACGCCAAAGCCAUCCCGCUCAAGAAAAGCAACAAAGAAGACUACGGCGUUGGAGGAUCCUGGCGGCCGAUAUCGUUGCUAUGCACACUGGGCAAAGUGUUAGAAUCUGUUGUUGCUGAAGGAAUCUCCCAUGCGGUGGAGACGUUUGGUUUGCUUCCUACUAAUCAUUUUGGAGGACGUAAGCAACGAUCGGUGGAACAGGCGCUAUUGCUGUUGCAAGAACAGAUCUAUGCAGCCUGGAGGGGAGGACGGGUGUUGAGUCUUGUCAUUUUCGACGUGAAGGGUGCAUACAACGGCGUCUUCAAGGAUCAAUUGCUUCAGAGAGUCAACGGACAGGAGACCGACGUGCAAGCUCAGCCCCAGGCAGGGCUACCGCAGGGCUCCCCGUUGUCUCCCGUUGCAUACCUCUUUUUUAACGCGGACCUGGUGCAACGCAGGAUCGAUACUGACGAAGGAGCAAUCGCUUUUAUGAACGACUUCACAGCCUGA